UCUAGCUACACGUGCGGUUCGGUUUUAUGAUUUGAGUUGAAAAUACUGGCAUAAAUUAUAUAUUUUAAGCAUAAAAACCGUUGUGUUUGAGUGUACAAGCUGGAAAUACUGCUGCAGCUGGCUUUAUACAAAAUAAAGCCAUGAAUUUCGACGAUGAGGACAAGCUGGAGCUGCAGCAUUUGGCUGGCGGCAACAUUGUACAACAUGCGCCCGUUUUUUCCACAAUGGGCAGAUUUGUAUUUAUACGCUGUGGACUCAAGGUGCAGGUGUUUGUGACUAGCACAGGUGAGCUGACACGAGAGCUAACAGAUGCAACGUCGACGCUGAUAAGUCUGGAGAUGGAUUUAAAAAAGCAGCCAGAUUUGCUGUAUGGCUGCACCAACACGGGACAGCUGCUGCACUGGCAUUGGCGCACAGGCGUGCUGCAAAAUGAUUUACAAUUGAACUUGGGCCAGGAUGGCUUGGAAAUUUUAACUUUCAACUUGUUGGACUUGUAUCAAGAAGGCGAGUCUGCAACUGCUUUUGUAACAGCCAAACGCAAGAGUGGCGAGAACUGUUUGUUUUUGGUCACAACUAUCACAAGGCAACAGAAUUUCAUGUCAAUUGCGAGCUGAAGCUCAAAAGUGCGCACGCCUAUGGUAGAUGUAAGCAAGGGUGCUUUUAAAUAUAUUUUGUUCUCGCAAGGACAUUAUGUGUACGUGCUAAACUAUAAGACGUGGCAGUUUGCGCGUUAUCAGAACCAACACAAAGAGCCUGUGACCUGUGUGCGUAUGAGUCCUAACGAAGAAAUGGCUGCUACGGGUGAUCAGCAUGGUCGCAUAUAUAUCUGGCGCAACAUCGAUGAUGCCAAGCAUGUGCAAGCCACGGAAUUGCAUUGGCAUAAUACGGCCGUAACUAGCAUUGCCUUCACACCGACGGGCACGAGUUUGUACAGCGCUGGUCAUGAAUCGGUGCUGGUCAAAUGGAAUUUAAAAAAGAAUCAUGUACGCGACUUUUUGCCACGCAUGUCCAGCAUUGUGCGUCACAUAGUCAUAAGCGAUGGCAACGAACAUGUGCUCUGCUCCACAGACGACAAUGCGCUGCAGUUUAUCAGUCCAGAUCAAAUGAGUUUGCAGUCGACGCUACAACACUUUACCUAUGCGCUGCCCGAUAAAACAGGCAAGAGCAUGUUUCCCAUCGGCUUGUGCCUGAAUCCACGCACCAAUACGUUAGUGCUGAAUGGACGCAUUGGACAUCUGCAGUUCUUCUCGGCGUAUCAAAAGAGCUUGCUCUACAAUUUGCGCGUUGUGGAUACAAAUAUCAACUCACAAGAAGCCAAUCGCAUUAUUUACAAUAUCAAUAUCACAUGCGCUGCUUUCAAUAUUGAUUGGAUGGCCACUGGUGAAGUUUACAACGAUCAUCGUAACUUUGUUGAGCUGCGCCUUAAGUUUUGGCAAUACCAAGAGAAGAUGCAAAGUUAUGUUCUAAAUACCAACAUAGAACUGCCACAUGAGCAAGGCUUUCAGGCCAUAGCCUUCUCCAAUCAGUUUAAGGUGAAUAAUUUGCGUUGCGCUAGCGCUGGCAAGGAUAAUGUCAUCAAGCUAUGGACUCUGGGUGACACGGAGAACAUUUACAAACGCGGCGGCACCAUGUGGAGCUGUGUGGCACAAACGCAGUACAAGCAACAAACGCUGGGCAGCAUUUGCUUCUCACAGGAUGGCAGCUUGCUGGCUGCAGGCUAUGGCAGCGCAUUGGUGUUGUAUGAUGCGGGCAGCUUGAGUUUGUUACAUGCUCUGAGCACUGCUGCGGGCUUGAGUGGCGUCAUGGCCAAGGCGCAGCUGCGUCUAGCACAAACGCCUGUGAAUGGCUGCCGCAAGGAGCUGGCGCAGCAGCGACAAGCACUUUGGCAACUGCUGCAGAAGCUGCUCAACAACAACAAUGAUCCGCAGCUGGUGGAGCAGGCCAAGCAACUCAUAGCCAGCGCGCCCAGCGUUCAAGUGAGCAAGACAGAGCAAAAACCAACAGCUCAGGAGUCCAUCUUCAAGCACAUUAUGCAAAUGUCUGAGCUGGACUUGCAUCAGAAGCUGCAGCUGCUGCGUCGCUUUGACAUUGAAUGCCAGGUGCCCAAUGGUUUCCAGCGUCGUCUAUUCAAAUACUUGAAAGUAAGUCUGGCGGAUCCCAUCGAAUGCCACCAGCGUUUGCUUAAGCUCAAUGCGCGCCUGCUGCGUCUGCAGCCGCGUGAACGCUUCAAGGCCAAGCAGCGUUUGUCGCGCGUCUGCGAGCGUCGUCAGAGCUACGAGAAAAUUGUCAAGAAUGAUUUGCUGACGCUGUUUAGCGUGCUGCACAUAGAUGAAACCACCAAGCCAAAAGCUGCCACGCCCAAGUCAACACCACUCAAGCGCAAACGCAACAGCAGCGCCUCAGCUCCAGCUGCGGCCGCAACUCAGCCACUGAUACCAGGAGCGCCGUUCCAGAGCAUGGCGCAAAUAUCACAAGUGCAAUUUGGUGCUGGUGCGCAGGCGCAUCUGGUGGCGGUAUGCACCGAGUCCCGUGUGCUUAUCUGGAAUCUAAUGACGCUACGCCUGCAAGCCGGCCUCAAGCUCUCGGUGCGGCAGCUUGCCUUUGAUCCGCUCACCAAUCUUAUCGCUGCCGUAACGCGCAAUGAUGAAUUGCAUGUUUUUCAACCCAAUGUGCCGUUGCCAGUCUAUCAGCGGAGACAGCUGCCCAAGCUAUUUGGCUUAGUCUGGCUGCCACGACGUCAGCCUAAACAGAGUUCCAUCAAUGUGGACUGGCAGGCGCAGUCGACGCUGCAUAUGCUGACCGAAGACAAAGAGAUUGUCUAUCUGGCCACGCCCGGACAGAGCACAACAGAUGAUGCACCAGCGCCCAUAUCCUUUGCGCAACCGGCUCAGGAACAACUACAGCAAUAUGCAACCUUCGGCAGCUUUGUGGCCAAACAGCAAAUGACCGAAAUGAAGGAUUUGCCCAAGAGCAGUGGUCCACUGAUAGUUGGACGUGGUGUCCACAGCGCAGUGAAUGCGUUGGUCAAUUUGUCCGCCCACACGAUGCCUGCCAUGAGUUUGAUCUGUGGGGAAUUUAUUAAAACGUUGCUAACGCCUGCCGAGACGGAAGCUGCAGAGACGACGCCGCAUAGCAACGGCCAGGUGAAUGGCAAUGGACUGCAUCACGUACAUGAAGAAAGCGACGAGGAGGAGGAGGCGGAGCAGCUGGACAGAGCUGAGGAAACGGCUGUGCUGCAGCUGGCGGAAACAACGGAAAUGCGCAAGAAGCUGCUUGUGGAAAAUGAGCAACUGAAGCAGCAGAACAGCAAGGAAUAUGCACAACAGUCGCUGGAUGCGCGACUGCAGCGCAUGGCGAAGCUCGAGGUGGAGCUGAGCUUUUAAUUAAUAAGAUUAAAAUACACUUAUAUUUUGCAUAUGGCACACAGAUCGACAGACAGAGAGUUUAUGCUAAGUCUAUAGUUGUUGUAAUAAAUUCUUAUGACUAUAUUUUGUAUAAAAGAAAUACUGAAGCUAUACACACAUGUAUAAAAUAAUUA